AUGAAAAUUUUAGCAGUUCUCGCUAUUUUUGGGUGUUUCGUGGCCUGCACGGCUCAGAGCAGUGUUGCUGAAGUUGAGAAAGAUAUAUAUUUUAUCGCUCAUUUACCAAAUGGAAAAAGGUUCAACAUACCCUUUGGAAAUUCCGAAGCUUAUGACAUUCUUGUCAAGGAAUGUCCUCCAGAAUCAACUGAACUCUCAAUUAUCGUCCACGGUUGGACUGAAAGUUACGAAAAAACCGAAUGGGUGCCCGAUUUUAUGUCAAAUUUGACGGAAGCUCGCAAAGGAUGCCAUCUUUUCAUGGAUUACAGCAAAUUCGCCGCUGCCGAUUACGCAAAGUUGGUGGAAAACUUUAAGUACAUCAUGCCGGCAUUUGUAAACCAAUUGAAAAUUCUUUUUGACGACAUUGGUUAUGAUGGAAAGAAAGCAUUUAUCUUCGGAUUCAGCUACGGCGCACACGUGGCAGUGCAAGGUGCUUACAGUUUCGGAAUGCGACGAAUUGGAAGAAUUGAUGUUUGUGAUCCCGCUGGUCCAAGUUUCCCCGGAGACAUUGAUUUGGCUUUAAAAUUUGCUUUGGCAGCUGAUAUUGUACAAUGUAUCCACACGAGUUGCGAUAAAGGAACCCAUCAAAGAUACUGCCCAAUUUCAUGGAAUAUGGGAUAUUGUGGACACUCGCAAGAUGCAGCUACAGUUCCUCCGCGUUUGAGUCACGGAUUGUGUCCAUAUUUCUACACGAGCGCCUUUAAAAAUGACUUCAAAGUUGUACCAAAGAGAGAUGUUUGCGUGUCAACCAAACCAGGAUCUUGGAAAAAAGGUUUCGUCAUGGGAUAUCGCAUGAACUUGUCUUUAGGAGGAAUUGGCGAAUUUUACGCUGAAACGAGCAGAAAUCCGACAUACACUUAA